UUCUGCAGCCCAAGAGAAACAAAUUCCAAGAUAAAUAAGAUGGCUCCACACUCAGCUACUCUCUCCACCUUUGACCACCUGAGAUUCAGCGAUAAGGACAGAUUAAAGCUGAGAAAGCCAAUUGUUGAGAAGAUGCGCAGGGACCGCAUCAACAGCUGCAUCGACCAGCUCAAGAAGCUGCUGGAGAAGGAGCUCCACAGCCAAGACCCCAGCACCAAGCUGGAGAAAGCCGACAUCCUGGAGAUGACUGUCAGCUUCUUGAAACAGCAGCAGAGGCUGCCGGCCGUGCUGGCCCAGAGGGACUAUAACGAAGGCUACUCGCACUGCUGGAGGGAGUCUCUGCACUUCCUUAACGUCCAUUCAAGCAGAGGACGACCAGCCCAGGAACUCCAGCAGCUCCACCAAGCUCAGAGGGCCAGCACAGAGCUCAGCUGCAGCCCACCUUCACCCAGCACCAGCUCUACCUCCAGCUCCAAGCACAGUCUAACCGCUCAGCAGCAGCUGCAGCCUGGCAGGCCUGUCUGGAGGCCCUGGUAAAGAACUGAAAGAAAGACUGUUGAAACCUGAGGAACAGUGAUGUUCAUGUGCCUCACUAAAGUAGGAAAUAUUCAUUCCAGAAUUUAAGAUUGACAUGUUUUGUCAUCAUAUUGAUUGGCAAAAGCUUGACAUGAACAUUUGUGGGCAGUUUUUUUGCCAGUGAGAAGAAAGGCUUUAAUAAUAACUCUGGCCUUAUUAGUUCUGUAAUAAUGGCUCUUAAUGGGAUAUUGAACACGUAUCAUUUUUCUAAUGUUUUUAACUUCUGUUAGAGCAAAUGGUUUGUACUGUGUGAUGUCUGUAUAAAUGGCUAAUGUUGACUCCAGUGGAGUAUUUAUGGUAUACAAAUCAGAUCUAUGAAUUUGUGUUGUAUUUACAAGUGUUGCAGAGAAGAUUUCUCUGUUUGUGUUGAGAAUUCAGCACAGUAUAUUCAGUAUGGAUUGAGGUAACCUUUGAUAAAGGCACCAGUCCAUUAUGUGAGCGUGCAUAUGGUACUUAAUGUAUUUUGUGUUUUGAUGUGAUUGAUUUUGUAAAACCAAGCUCUUGAACACU